GAACAGGUGAAAGAUAUAGAUGAAAGAUUGGGAUUAGUGGAAACUCAUUCUACUCAAAAUAUAAGAGGAAUAACAAACAUUACAAAACAAAUAGAUUGUUUGAAAUUCGAAGAUAAAGACUUAGAUAUAAUUGGACUAACAGAAACCUGGCCAAAAGAUGAAAAUUUAGUAUAUUAUCCAACAAGUGCAAAUCAAAAGAAGCUAAGAACUCAUGUAACAAAAUGGAUAAUACAAGAGUUAAACAAUUACAUAGUUAAGGACAGGCAUUAUACAAUAGUGAUGGAAAAUUUUAAUGUCACAUUUAAUCCUAAAAUUGAUAGGUUUAAUAUUAACAUCAAAGCAAGAAAUAGAUCAGAUAAACCUGAAAGUCAAAUAUUGAGAUUUUUAGAUAAUAACAGUAUCCAAGAAGUUAAAAGCAGAAUAGAUCAAAUAUGGGUAUCAGAUAACUUAGCAGAUCAACUCUUUUGUGCAGAUAUUAUACCCUCAGAUUUGGAAAGUCACAGUGACCAUGCCUGUGCAAUAGCAGAAAUAGAAGACAAUAUUCUUAAAUAUACUAAAUCCAUAACAGAUUCAAUAAAAUUCUAA